ACGGGUCGCAAAUUCCAACCCGAAUCCGAUAAUAACAACCCAUCCGAUUCCUGAGCGGCUCCGUUACGACCAUUUGACUGCUUGCUUUUUGUGCGGUCCGACCAAACUCCCGGCGACCCUCAAACAAACACACCAGAGACAGAGAGAGAGAGAGAGAUGGGGGUGGAGGCGAAGAUAGCACCGUCGAUGUUGUCAUCGGACUUUGCGAACUUGGCGGCUGAGGCGGAGAGGAUGCUCCAAUGCGGAGCUGAUUGGCUUCAUAUGGACAUCAUGGAUGGGCAUUUUGUUCCUAACUUGACCAUUGGAGCCCCAGUGAUUGAGAGUUUACGAAAGCACACAGAGGCAUACUUGGACUGUCAUCUCAUGGUCACAAAUCCUCUAGAUUAUGUGGAGCCAUUGGCAAAAGCUGGUGCUUCAGGGUUUACAUUUCAUGUUGAGGUGUCCAAAGAUAACUGGCGUGAACUCAUUCAGAGCAUUAAGGCAAAGGGCAUGCGACCUGGGGUGUCAUUGAAGCCUGGAACUCCUAUUGAAGAGGUUUAUCCAAUGGUUGAAGACAAAAACGCAGUGGAAAUGGUCCUUGUUAUGACAGUUGAACCUGGUUUUGGUGGCCAAAAGUUUAUGCCCGAAAUGAUGGAUAAGGUCCGUGCAUUGAGAAAGAAGUACCCUUCUCUAGAUAUAGAGGUUGAUGGUGGAUUGGGUCCUUCAACUAUUGAGAUGGCGGCUUCUGCUGGAGCGAACUGCAUUGUGGCUGGGAGUUCAGUGUUUGGAGCUGCAGAACCAGCUGAAGUUAUAUCCCUUCUAAAGAAAACUGUCAAUGAAGCUCAACAAAACAAGGGUGAUUAGCUACUAUCAUGUGAGAAAUAAUUUGUUACAUCUUAAAACCUUUUUGCUGUAAUUUGAUACUGUGACAAACUAAAAAGAGAAUACCCUUGGAAGCAUUUAUGAAAUAAACAAAAAAAGGAACCUUGUAUAUGUUUGAUUA